AUGAAAAAGGACACAAAGAAUAAAAAGAUACCAAUUGCUGUUCUUGUCCAUGGCACCACAGAAGCCAACGAAGUCACCUCACCUAGACACAAAACCAUAAACAAAAAUAACUCAAAGGAAAGUGAAUAUUACACCAUACUACACUACACUAUACUCCAAAACACCUUAAUCUUUAAUCGAUUUUGCUCCACAAUCUAUAAAUUAAUAUUGACAAAGCCUAAUGGCCAGUUGCCAUUCGGGGGUUCAAAAGGCCGGCUUGGAAGAGGAACCAAGCUGUUUUGUAUCAAAAGCACCUUUCUUGUACGUUACACUGAAGGACGAAAUGGUAUUUUCCAUUCAUUCGCUCCCAAGUAA